UUUAAACAGUCAACAUCUCUGAACAUACGACAUGGCUCAGGAUCCGCAACCACUUUACUUUGCCGUGGGUCCUGGCCCCAACGACAUCACCUGUCCUUACUGCAGGACUAAGGCUAGGACUCGCGUGGUGCGAUCCUGGCUGCGUUGCUGCACCAAAAGACACCACUGCGGUGCCUGCGGGGAGUAUCUGGGCGUAUACCGGCGUCCACAGCUGUAGAUCAUCACCGAGGAUGUCAUCCGAUCAAUUGAACACCACAUGGAGAAUAAAUAUUACAAAAAUUCUAUGCAUUUUUAAUAAAAAAAGUGCUUAUUUGUAGGGCAUUUUGAUGUUAUUAAAAACAAUAAAUUCAUCUUUAACUUUUAACUGUUAAAAAAAAUAUACAAAUGUU